AUGAUGUUUUCCCCGUUGUUCAUGGGAGACACCGACGGUGCUGGGCAGGUGGUUCGUGGUCCAUUUGCAGGAUUCAGAACUCUCGAAGGAAGACCGAAUAUUCUCAGGCGUCUCGCUACUGAAGGAAAACUGUUCACCGAGGCGAAUUUAAACAAUUUUCUGGGUCAGACUGAAAUCCAGAACGUUCUCGCUUACACCGCUCCACAGAACGGUGAGUUACCUUCACUUUUUAUGCGCGAGUAG